UUCACUUCCUCAUCAAACAUGGAUCUGCACGUCUCAGUUUUUCUCCUGUUCAUUCUUUUCACUGCAGGACACUCUCUCAACUGUAAUCAGUGCCCAGGUGUGUCGAACCCUUGUGAAAAGAUACCGUGUCCUGAUGGACUUUCUAACUGCUUCGCUGCAACAGCAUAUGCAAGUGCUUUAGGUGUCAGUUCCUCUUUAGUGACGGUUAAAAGCUGUGCUCCGGCUGGCUGUCCAAGUGGAUCCAUCAACCUCGGCAAUAUAAAACUGUCUUCUUACUGCUGUAGCACAGACCUGUGCAAUGCCCAAGAUUCACCAGAUCCCAGCACUAACGCUCCAAAUGGAAAGACAUGUUAUUCUUGUGAUGGACAGAGCUGCUCAAACAUAAUGACCUGUUCAGGGAGUGAAGACCGCUGCUUUAAAGCAACAACAAGUUUCGGAGGCCAGUCAGUGGGUGUGAAAGGCUGUGUCUCAAAAGCCAUUUGUGAUGCCACAUCUUUGAUUCCUAAUGUUCAGGGCAUCUCGUGUUGUGAGGGGAUCCUGUGUAACAGUGCUCAGAGUGUCACUCAGAGCUUCCUGUUCCUCUGCUGUUCUCUGCUCUCCUUCAUCCUGCUGCACUGAAUCCAGCAGAUCUUCACAUUCUGCAGCUGCAAAGGAAACAUAAUGUUGAAGUUCAAAUAUAUAGCUCUUAUUUUUUUCUAACUUUAUUUGUGACUGUUAUAUCAAAGUUGUAGGAAUAUAGAUUUGUAAGUGGUGUUAGUUCCUGAAUAUAGGCUCUAGAGGGCAGUGGAUGAAGACGGUGUCAAGUUUGUAUGUGGAGACAGCAGUGCUUCAGCAGAUCUGGUGUGAUGAACUGAAAAAUAUAUACAGUUAUAAAAUAAAAUAUUUUAUCAUCUUGUUA